AGGUAUAAAGGAGGAGGGGAGAGGCAAGCCAUGUUUAAAACAAACUACACCCUUCUCCUCGCCUCCCGCGGCAGACCCUCUCCAGAGGGUGCUGAAGGCAAGGAUGCAGCAAAAGUAACUAAACAAGAGCCCACAAGACGAUCAGCAAGAUUGUCAGCUAAACCUGCUCCACCAAAACCUGAACCCAAACCAAGGAAAACCACGAAGGAACCUGGAACAAAGGCCAACAAAGGUGCUAAAGGGAAGAAGGAUGAAAAGCAAGAAGCUGCAAAGGAAGGCUCAGAAAACUGAAUCUGUAGGUGACAAGAAUGAAUGAAAUGUCAUGAAAAUUUUGGGUUGAUUUUAUGUACCUCUUGGACAACUUUUAAAAGAUAUUUUUAUCAAGUAUUUUGUAAAUGCUAAUUUUUUUAGGACUAUGAUAGUUGACAUAUUAAACUGUAUAUGAACAUUUCCCUUCUCAUAACAGUGCUUUUAGAAAUUCCCAUUGUUGCCGAGUAAUAUAAAUAUCAACUUAAUAUUGCAAGGUAUGUGUAAAAUUGGAUCAGCAUUCCAUACACUUGCUUUAAGAAAUUAAGUCUUGUGCAUAUGGUGAUGUUUUUACUGUGCGUAUUUGAAUUUUUCAUGCGGUUUUUCUAGAGCAAUAAUCAGUGGUGCUUUUGUACUUAGGGUUUAUGUGAUUUUAAUGAAACAUGGAUAGAUGUGGCCACCUGCUGACUAUUUUGGGUUCUUUUAAUGGAUUAAAAUAAAAGGUCUCCUUGCCUGCAAAACUACAGCCUCCUAAUGUUUUCUCUAAAUCCUUACUCAUGCCUUACUUUUAUUUUCAACUGUUACAAGGAAGACUAAAUGAUUUAGCAACAAUCGUUUUUCAUGCAGUCUUUUGCUUUUUUUUGCUGAUGUCUGCUUAGAAAAUACCCACACAGGAGUAGCAGGCUGGGAUUUUCAGUGGCCCACAACUUAAGGUACUUAUCUAUAAGUUCUUUAUAGAUAUAUUCUUCAGAUACACUGUCACAGGGUGAGUAGAGUUGCCAUACUCCAUCAGAAUAUUGUGUCUGUAAUGAGCUAUCAGUACAGAUUUAAUUGCUUGAUUGAUAGAGGCGUACAGUGACUUAAAAGUAGCUUUGUUUCUCCCCUACUCUUUUGUCAUUAACUUGCAUUGUACCCUGUGGAAACCCUUCUUUCUAUCUGCAGCCUCAAAUUUAAUAUAAAUAGUAAUUGCUGUUCUGCUUCAGCUGAGGACAGUUAAUACAUUGAAAUCGCUGUUAAACAGCGCUAUAUAUUUGGUACCUGGUAGAAAUGGAACGAUGAAAGUUAUUUUUGAGGUGAUUGUGGUGAUAUGGUAGAUUAGCAAAUGAUUUUUUUAGUGGCCAUGUUUCAACUCUGCAGCUCAUUCUAAGCGCCUCUUAUAAUUUUUCUCCUUCUCUUUUCCUCUAGGGGCCCUGCUAUUUCUAUUGUUACUUCUGGGAUGGGAGGGGUGAGAGAAAAGAUGUUCCCUGUUCUUCAGUAGCAUUGAUUUGUAUUGCUCAAGUGGUGGCCAUUAUGUCUGAGGAUACCUUUUGCUUGUUUAAGUCAAUAAAUAAAUGACUGUUGCCUGA